GUUAUAUUACGUUAUGAAGAUGGCGUCUGAGGAUGUGGUGCCAGUGUCGCUUUCUGCCAAAUUCCAAGGAUCAUUUGCAUACUUCACAGUACGAGACAGAAUGUCAACAAUUCUAACAAAGGUCAUUGAUACAAUCCACCGGAAUAAAAAUAAGUUCUUUGAGGAGCAUGGUGAAGAAGGAGUUGAAGCUGAGAAAAGGGCCAUUUCGCUCCUUUCCAAGUUAAGAAAUGAACUCCAGACAGACAAGCCUGUUCUUGUGCUUUCUGAUGACCAACAGGAUACAGAAGAGUGGAAUCAGUAUAUGGUGAGACAACAGGCUGUUCUGGAUGGGAAUGAAGUUCCCAGCUGGUUUAAAUCACCUUGGCUGUACAUGGAGUGUUACAUGUAUAGAAGAGUCCAAGAGUCACUAAAUCUUAAUCCACCCAUUUGUAACUUUGAUGUUUUUGAGGAAGCAAAAAAUAAAAGCUUCUUUGAAUCACAACUAGCCAUUAUAGCAAUUUGCACAUAUCAACAAGGUGUUCUUAACAAAAUAGAAGAUCUGUCAGAGGAGCAUAUUUUGGAACAAUUUCUAAAGUUACUGCAGGUCACCUUAUGGGGAAACAAGUGUGAUCUUUCUGUUUCAUCUGGACAGGCGAUCUCACAGCAGUGCAGUCCAAUAGACUCCUUAGAAGUUCUCAAACCUUACAUUUUAGUCGAUGACUCAAAAUCUGUUUGGUCAGUGUUAAUUAACUCUUCAUCAGCUGGUAGUCUCCCUCGGGUUGACAUUGUCUUGGACAAUGCUGGCUUUGAACUUGUCACGGAUUUAAUAUUAGCAGACUUCUUGCUUUCAUCUAGGCUUGCCUCUACAAUCCAUUUCCAUGGAAAGUACAUGCCAUGGUUCGUCUCAGACACUACCAAAAAGGAUUUUGAGUGGACAAUAAAGCAAUUUCUACGAUCCAAUCAUAAGUACAUGUCCAAGUGUGGCGCUCAGUGGAAAAAAUAUUGCAAGGAUGGCACUUGGACCUUUGAUGACCAUAAAUAUUGGACUUUGCCUCAUGAAUUUUGUGACAUGGCUCAAGUAGCUCCAGAACUGUAUAAUGACCUUCAAAAGUCAAGCCUAAUAUUAUUCAAGGGUGACCUAAACUAUAGAAAAUUAACUGGAGACCGUAAAUGGGAUUACACAGUUCCCUUCCAAAGAGCCUUACGGGGUUUUCAGCCGGCACCACUUUGUAGUUUGAGAACUUUAAAAGCUGAUGUACAAGUUGGACUUAAACAUGGACAAGGUGAGAACCUGAGCGCAGCUGACUCAAACUGGAUGACGAACGGAAAAUAUGCAGUAAUUCAGUUUAGUAGUCCAUGCAAACAGUGAUUUGUUUUCAGAAAACAUUAAUGGCUUAAUCUUUUAUUUAUUGCUUACUGUAAAGUCUUUAUAUUGCAACAGGUUCAGUUGGCUUCAUAUCACAUGAUCAACUUAAAAAAAGCAGCCUAUUAUUCAAAAUGGUUCAUAACAGGAAUGUUGCAAAUGAUCGCAGCACAGGACUCUAUACUUACGAGAGGUAAUUAGAAUGUUUUUAGCCUAACGCAUUAAGAGAAACACCAGUACAAGGAAACUGAUAGUAUUUUUUAGCUUAAUCCCUGUAAACACUACUAAAUUUGUUAUAAGGUUUGGAAAGCUUUUCUAAUCCAUUCAAGUAAACAUUGCUUAUACAAACACUGUUCUAUAGAUAAUUUGACAUGUUCAUCAUUUUACAUAGGAGCUCACACUGAAGUAACCUUUUAGAUUGGUAGACAUGUAAUUUGAGUGUAAGUUGGGGGCAUUUUCAUGCAACAGAGGGGGUGUGCUUUCCUUGCCACUUUUCCCAGAUUGACAGUCAUAAUCCCUGAAGCAAGUCAUCAUAAAACUGACCAGUCACAUCAACCUUUAGAGGUAUAUAAACAUGACGGACUACAAUUUCUACAUCAUAAAACAUUGUGUACGUGAUCUUGCUGGCACUGUCUUGGGCCUUGAAAUUGUUUGGAUUUUUUCCCUGGGUCAUUAUGAUUUAUCAAACUUACAUCCUCCGUUCUGAAACACUUUUACUUUAGUCGGAAUUUAUUACUUACUUACAACUUCAAUAUUCUGGGCUUCCCUGUAUAAGUAGGCUUUCCUCCUGUUUAAUUAUUCAUGAAGAAUGGAUUCAGCCGACUCAUAAGUAGUCCCUGUAUUGUCUAUCUCAUGUGCCAUCACUCUUUGGUUCUCAAAUGCGAUUUACUCCGUGGUGGCAACACUUUCUGCUGUUGUCAAAGCUCUAGGCCGGGAAAACCACGGGUCACAAUUGAUAGAUGUCCUGCCAUGACAGAAUUUUGCAGUCCUACCUCUUGACUGGAGCAUAUGAAGGGACUGGACCUUUUCUUUGGCAACGCUCAAAAUCAGCAAUACUCCCUUCAGGUUCAAGGCCAAAUGUUUUUGAUCACUCCUUAUAUGUACAGUAGGAGUAUAUAAUAGUUAAGUUGCCCUAGUGGGAUGUGGCAAAACUAUAAACUAGAAAAUACAAAGAAUUCAAUGAUAUUUUUAUACCAUUUUUCUACAUAAUACAUGCAAAACUUACAAAUGAUAAUUUACUACAAAUGUAGUGUCAUUAUUUAGUGCCUAAAGAAUGUACCACAAAUUUGUUCGGGGGUAUUCUCCUGAAAGCAGAAUAGUGUUAACAACACCAUAAACUUCACCUUAAGAUCAUGUGUUAUUUUACAAGUGUUUACCCAAAACCCACAGUAACUAAUGUAGCAUGUAAAAUACUUUAUAAUCCACAUGCUGCUGGACUUACUUCUUAAUAAGCUAGUGCUUGUUAAACAAGAUGUCUCUGUCCUAACCUAAGUUAUAUACACAGGUCUCCAGAUUGAGUAGUUUAAGGGAAUAUCAUGAUAAUUCUUUGGCCAUUCAGAGUAGAUGUAUACUUGGCAAGAUGAUACCAUUGUCAUAAUAUGCAGUAAUGCUUUGUCUUAAGUUCAGUCAUCGGGUAAUGGUUGUGGUUUUUUUUUUAUCAACAGCCUUUAAAGGACACAACAGCAGAGGGUCAUUGACUUUUGUAACAUUAUAGUCAUAAUAUUUUAUUUAAAGUUUGGUAUUAUUUUAUAUUUGAUCAUGGUUGUUGAUGGUAAUGCUUAAGCCUUCUUGCAUUUAAAUUGUAGGGCAUAUAUUUGUGGGGAGCGAUCAUUGUAAUUUGGGCAAGUAUCCAUGCCAGGCCUACUAGUUUGUUUUGCCAGGUAUUGUGUCAAUUGGAACAAUUAAAAUGUAGUUCCAAUACACCCAAUACCUAUAAAACAGCAGUGAGUAUUUGAUUUUGUGCCUAUUUUGCUUAACUAGUUAUUAAAUUGUGAUGUCAUGUUUGCUUCAUAGUACUUCUUACAGCCUUAUUUCAUCCCACUGAGAAACCACAAAUUACAACUUAUAAUGAAAGAAUUGUCAAUUGGUUGUUUCACAGUUGACUUGUGAUGCUUUUUGCUUAGCAACUUCAGGCUCAGGAUUAAUAAAGUACUUUAUACUCAUUUGAGAAAUGGCACAUUAAGACAGAUUUUGGGAAACUCUUGAAAAAGUAGUAUGUGUAUUAUAUUUGCUUGUUAACUUCUAGGAUUCAUACAUUUUGGGAAACUCACCCCAGAUUUUACAAAACACUUAUAUUUAAGCUGAAAUACGCACAAUUUCCAUUAAAGCUUUAAUGUAAGGCUAUACACUGGGCUAUAUCUCUGAGUUGUGUACAAACAGCUGUGCCCAUUUUUCAUUUACAUGCAAAGGCACAUGCAGUGAUGUUUACAUAUGGAUGAGCUGAAAAAUGUCAAACGAAAAGGCCAUUCAUUACUACUGCUUGGAUGAUUGGCAUCUCCUUAAAAUUGUGAAAUGCUUAUGUCAGGUGGCAUGGUGAAAAAUAAACUUCAGCGAUUGCAAGGUGA